AUGAGAGGCUCCAACACACGAAGACAGCUGACGCUGGCUGUCUGUUGGCUACUUCUGGUUCUGUCCAGGAGCGGAGCAGGUUCCAGAUGUGCUGAUCGUGCCUGCAGUCCACCCAUCGGAAAUCUGGCUGCAGGAAGGAUCCUCAGAACUCUGUCAGACUCCCUUCACCACAGCACUCCCUCUGUUUUCCCCAAGGACACACACCCGGCUGCUCACAUGGCUGAUGACACGUUCUUGCACCCUGAUACCUGGUGGGAAUCAUCAGCAGGUGAUGCUGCACAGCAGCAACAGGAUGAAAUCCGUCUGGACUUGGAAACCCACUUCUGCCUAUCCCAUGUGGUUUUGGUAUUCCGCUCGCCCAGGCCAGCUGCCAUGGCCAUCGAGUGGUCAGCCGAUUUUGGAAAGACCUGGCAACUUCUCAAGCUUUAUGCACACAACUGCAGCAUGGAGUUUAGUUUAGCAGAUGAUUUUCAAGAGCCGGGCUCAUUGUGCACAACCCGUUAUAGCAGUGCUGCACCCUGCAGGGGCGGAGAGGUCAUAUUACGGAUGCUGGACCCCAUCAGUGCCAAAAUGUGUGACCCCUACAGUCCAGAGACCCUUACCCGCCUAACCAUCACUAACCUCCGUAUCAGACUGAUAAAAGCUCAGACCUGCCCAAGUGCUGCUGCAGAACGAGCAAGUCCUCCAGUCAAAUCCACAACAGAAAGAUGAGUCUUUGCACUUUAUGCUGUGUCUAAUUUACUGGCCAGAGGGACAUGCCUGUGCCACGGACACGCGGAGCGUUGUGUACCACACAACACCAGCCAAGACUCACAACAGAACAGUAACAUGGUGUCUGGUAGGUGUUUGUGCAUUCACCACACAACAGGUAAUCACUGUGAGAAGUGUUUGCCGCUCUACAAUGAUCAACCUUGGAGGCCUGCCAAUGGCAGCAAUGUGGAGCCCAAUCCGUGUCAGAAGUGCCAGUGUCAUGGUCACGCAGACAACUGUCACUUCUCUCAGAGAGUAUGGCUGUCCUCCGGUGGCACCAGUGGGGGAGUUUGCGACAACUGCCGACACAACACCGCCGGACGUAGGUGCCAACAGUGCUGCCAUGGCUACCAUCGACACCUAUCCCCGCCUUUAAACUCCCCCUAUGCCUGCACACACUGCUGAUGUGACCCUCUCGGCUCUCUGCCUGCUCAUCCUGCACAGGAGGGGCUCUGGUGCCACCCUCGGACAGGACAGUGUCACUGCAAGCCUGGCAUUGGGGGGACGAGCUGCAGCCAGUGUCUGCAGGGCUACUGGGGAUUCAGUGAGUUCGGCUAAAAACCCUGUCCGUGUCCGACUGAUCAGACCACUGGACAGUGCCUACAAAGCUACAGUCAUAAUCAGGUGUUCCACAUGCUGGCUGGAGAAGAAACCGCUAAUGUGGAUCAUGUGUUCACAACUGAAGAUGACUUGUGGUCAAAGCAGCUUGCAGUGUCUGCUCUGCAAUACACGGGGAAGUGCAAUUGUAAGGACAAAAAGCUGAGAACUGUGUUUGACCUCUGCAAGACCAAACAUGACUACGUGAUCAAGGCCAGCGUGUUGUCUGCUCAUGACAAAGGCAGCUAUGCAGAAGUGAAGGUCAAAGUUCAAAAAGUGCUGCAAUCAGACACUGUGGGAUUGUAUCUAAGGACCGUCAGUAUCUAUCCUCCGUGGACCAGCCAUGGCUGUACCUGCCCCAUCCUCAACCCAGGUACAGAAUACCUGCUGGCAGGCCCGAAAGAGGCCAGCACGGGCUGUUUGCUGGUCACCAUGCAGAGCAUAGUCUUCCCCUGGACACCAUACCUGGGCUUACUCAUAUCACGGGGUCUGAAGAACGGAUGUCCAUGAUCCAGAAACAUGUACAAAAGACAGAGACUAAGUGGACAGUUCAGAAAAGAACCGAAUCAUGAGAGUGUCCAGAAUUACAAAAACAGAUGACGUGAACGAGGAAGACGUUACCAGUUAAACUCAUGUUUCACACACAAAACAGAAAUAAAGCAAAUGGGUGGGCAUAUUAAAAAAGACCAAUUAAUAUUUAAACUGUGUCAGCCUGAUCCUGUCGGCUCUCAGAAGCUAAGCAGAGCAGGAUCUGGUUAGUACUUGGAUGGGAGACCUCUUUGGAACGCCAGCGGCUGUGUGUGUUUCUCCAGGUAAAACUGGAGUUGCACCAGGAAAGGCAUCCCAUUCGGCGUAAAACUUGUGCCAAUUACCAAUGCAGAUCUGACUGUAUCCGCUGUAGCGACCCCGGACAAAAAACCGAUAGCAGCCGAAUGCACAUUUUAACGUGUGCAUUUUUUUUUUCUUUUAACUACACCAACAGGAUCAAGCUGUUCUCACAUUAGCAGAACAUCAGCAGACAAAAUCUAAAAACUGAGCAAGUUCUUUGCACUUUCAUAACCAAAGCAAAUCCAGUUGCCACAUCCCAUGAAUGAGUUGUUGGGAAUAAUCAGUGCAGAUGGGUGUGUGGAGUGACAGCGCACACAAAUUACCCAUAACAACAUUCAAAUGGACUUU